AUGAUGGACAAGGAGAAGUUGUUGUUGUUUAUCAUCAAUUGACAAAAUCCUCCUUCCUUGCGUCCGUAGUGCCGUUCACCAUGUUCGAAGCACACGUAUUGCAUUUGCUUCGAAGGUAUUUGGGUGAAUAUGUUCAUGGACUCUCAUCAGAGGCCCUUAGAAUCAGUGUCUGGAAAGGUGAUGUGGUUCUUAAAGACUUGAAAUUGAAGGCAGAGGCUCUGAAUUCGCUAAAGCUUCCCGUUACUGUAAAAGCUGGUUUUGUUGGCACCAUAACAUUGAAGGUUCCUUGGAAAGGUCUUGGAAAAGAGCCCGUAAUAGUUCUUAUUGAUCGUGUCUUCAUUCUUGCUCAUCCUGCAACUGAUGGAAGGUCUCUUACGCCUGAGGAGCGUGAAAAGAUUUUCGAAGCGAAACUUCAACAGAUUGAGGAAGCCGAGUCGGCAACUUUAGAUGCAAUAUCAAAAUCAAAGCUUGGAAAUCCGGCUGCCGGAAACUCAUGGUUGAGCUCUUUGAUUGGUACAAUAAUAGGCAAUCUUAAAAUCUCGAUCGGGAAUGUCCAUGUCAGAUAUGAGGAUUCUGUAAGCAAUCCAGGACAUCCUUUUGCUGUUGGUAUUACUCUGGCAAAACUUGCUGCUUUUACAGUGGAUGAGCAGGGGAAUGAAACAUUCGACACCAGUGGUGCUUUAGAUAAACUGCGAAAGUCAUUGCAACUUGAAAGGCUUGCUAUGUAUCACGAUUCUAACAGACCUCCUUGGAAUGUGAAUAAGAAAUGGGAAGAUCUCAGUCCUAAGGAUUGGGUCGAGAUAUUCGAAGAUGGAAUAAAUGAACCUGCCAAUGGUCAUGGAGUUUCUGCAUGGGCCCAAGAUCGAAACUACUUAGUUUCACCAAUCAAUGGUGUUCUCAAGUAUCACCGUCUGGGAAAUCUGGAGAGAACUGAUCCCGAAAUGCCUUUUGAGGAGGCCCAUCUUAUCCUUGGUGACGUUUCUUUGACACUCACUGAGGCGCAGUAUCAUGACUGGAUACGGCUCCUUGAGGUUAUAUCAAGAUACAAGUCAUAUGUGGAGAUGUCACAUCUAAGGCCGGCGGUGUCUGUCACGGAGGGUCCUAAAAUGUGGUGGAGUUAUGCUGCUCAAGCCGCAUUGCAGCAGAAGAAAAUGUGCUAUAGGCUAUCUUGGGCCCAGAUUCAACACUUCAGCCGUCUUCGUAGGCGAUAUAUCCAGCUUUAUGCUGCUUCAUUGCAAGAGUUGUCAGAUUCAAAUGACCCGGAACUCAGAAGUAUUGAGAGAGAUCUUGACCCCAAAGUAAUUCUUUUAUGGAGGUUCCUUGCACAUGCAAAAGUUGAAUCUGUAAAAUCGAAGGAAGAAGCCGAGCAGCGGAUGCUUAAAAAGAAUAGUUGGUUCUCGUUCGGAUGGCGUUCUGCUCCAACUGAUACCCUGGAGCAAGAUGAAUCCGAAGGAUCUCAAAAUGUUGUGGACAGGUUAAGCAAAGAAGAAUGGCAAGCAAUUAAUAAUUUAUUGAGUUUCCAACCAGAUGAGGACUUGACAUCACAGUCAGGGAAAGAGAUGCUAAAUAUGACACAGCGCAUGGUAGUCGUGUCCAUUGGUCAAGCUGCUGCUAGAAUUAUCAGUAUGAGUGAAACUGAAAUGGUAUGUGGUAGAUUUGAACAACUUCAGAUCUCCACAAAGUUCAAACAUAGAAGCGUCUACUGUGAUCUGACAUUGAAGUUCUAUGGAUUGUCGGCCCCUGAAGGUUCACUUUGUCAGAGCGUCUGCAAUCAACAGAAGGCGAAUGCAUUAGGUGCUAGCUUUGUGUAUUCACCCGUUGGAGAAAACCUAGAUUGGAGGCUUUUGGCAACAAUAUCUCCUUGCCAUGUCACGGUUUUGAUGGAAAGCUAUAACCGCUUUCUUGAAUUCAUGAAGAGGAGCAAUUCUGUUAGCCCCACAGUUGCAUUUGAAACAGCAACUGCUUUGCAGAAUAAGAUAGAAAAGGCAACUCGUCGAGCUCAAGAGCAAUUUCAUACAGUGUUGGAGGAACAAAGCAGAUUUGCUCUUGAUAUUGAUCUUGAUGCUCCAAAAAUUAGAGUUCCUAUAAGGACAAGUCCAUCUUCAGAACAUGAUAGCCAUUUUCUUUUGGACUUCGGUAAUUUUACAUUGAAAACAGAGGAGGACCAACCUGAUAAUCAAGGACAAAACUUAUAUUCUCGCUUUUGUAUUUCUGGAAGAGAUAUAGCUGCCUUUUUUACAGACGGUAGUUCUGAUCUUCAGACACGUGACCGGGAAUCUCUGAGUCAGGGUAGCCAGCUUUCGGCAUAUUCUCUCGUUGAUAGGUGUGGGAUUGUUGUUAUCGUUGAUCAGAUUAAAGUACCUCAUCCGUCUCACCCGUCAACUCGUGUUUCUGUUCAAGUUCCUACCCUCGGCAUUCACCUUUCACCUUCCAGAUUUAGCCGGCUUAUGGAACUCUUGAGUAUACUUUCUGGUACUAUAGAAAGUGGUACGAAGCUUGUAGAAGAUUAUCAAGCCGAACAUGCCCCGUGGAGUUCCCCUGAUCUUGCGACUGAGGUUCAAAUACUUGUUUGGAGGGGGAUCGGCUAUUCAGUUGCUUCAUGGCAGCCCUCGUAUAUUGUCUUGUCUGGACUGUAUCUUUAUAUAUUGGAAUCCCAAUCAUCCCAGAACUAUCAGCGGUGCUCAAGCAUGGCUGGUAAGCAAGUUUAUGAAGUACCCUCGAACAAUGUUGGUGGUUCUUCAUCCUGUAUUGCUGUCUGUAUAAGAGGCAUGGAUAUGCAGAAGGCUCUAGAGUCUUCUAGUACGUUGGUUGUAAAGUUCCGGGACGAGAAGGAAAAGGCUAGUUGGUGGAGAGGACUUGUACAAGCAACCUACCGAGCAUCUGCUACUUCAUCGGUUGAUAUACUUGGACAGCAAGGUGAUCUUGUCAUAGAACCUUCAGAACCUCGCUCUAUUAAUACGAAGAUAGCUGAUGUUAUUGUUAAUGGAUCAUUGGUGGAAACAAAGUUACUGAUAUAUGGGAAGGUUGAAAAUGAGGUGCAUGAGGUUGAGGAGGUUCAGAUUCUUGAGGUUCUUGCUGUUGGAGGAAAGGUAUAUGUUGCAUCUUGUGAAGGGGAUUUGACGGUCAGGGUGAAUCUGCACUUGUUGAAAAUUAAAGAUGAACUCCAGAGUUCUUCGACAGGUCCACAAUAUUUAGCUUGCUCUGUUCUGGAGAACCACCGCUCUCUUGAUCCCAAAGGUAUUGUAAAUCAACAGGUGGAAGAGGUAUUAGUAAGCUUGGCCGAGGAGGAUGAUGCUUUCACAGAUGCCUUGACAGAUUUCAUGUCAUUGCCUGAAUCUGUGGAAGCUUUGAUUCAUGAUAAAGAUCAAGUAAAACGAAGAGGUAAUUCUGGAGAUAUAUUCUAUGAGGCAGAAGGCAUUGAUGACUCUGAUUUUAUAUCACUUACCUUCUUGAAACGAACUCCUCAAUCUCCUGAUUAUGAUGGUAUAGAUACUCAGAUGAGCAUCAGCAUGUCAAAGUUAGAAUUUUUCUGCCACCGUCCCACUAUCGUUGCUUUAAUUAGUCUGGGCAUUGAUUUGGGCACUGCAAGUAGUGAUAGCGGUACAUCAAAGAAGGAGCAGGAGAAUGAAACCUCAUUACAGAAAGAAAAGGGUGAAGAGCAUGUGCAAGCAAAAGUUAAGGGAUUAUUAGGACACGGGAAGGCUCGAAUUGUAUUUUUUUUAAACAUGAAUAUUGAUACCGUCACUGUAUUUCUUAACAAAGAAGAUGGUUCUCAGCUUGCGAUGCUUGUGCAAGAAACUUUUAUGUUGGAUCUUAAGGUUCACCCCGGUUCUAUAUCUGUUGAAGGUACACUAGGGAACUUUAGGCUGUGUGAUUGUUCCCUUGGUACAGAUCAUUGUUGGGGAUGGCUUUGUGAUAUACGUAACCAGGGGGCUGAUUCCCUUAUCCAGUUCACAUUCAAGUCCUACAGUCCUGAAGAUGAUGAUUAUGAAGGAUAUAACUAUAGCUUGAGUGGCAAACUUUCUGCCGUUCGUAUUGUGUUUCUCAACAGGUUCAUUCAAGAGAUCUCUGCAUAUUUUGUGGGACUGGCAGCUCCCAAUACAGAAGAAGCGAUCAAGUUUGUCGAUAAAGUUGGAGGCUUUGAAUGGUUGAUUCAGAAGUAUGAGAUGGAUGGAUCUGCCGCACUGAAGUUGGACCUUUCGUUGGAGACUCCAAUAAUAGUGGUACCACGGAACUCUUCAAGCGACGAUUUCCUGCAACUUGAUUUAGGCCAUCUGUGGGUGACGAAUGAAGUUAGUUGGCAUGGACCUGUGGAUGAUCCAUCAGCUGUCCACCUUGACAUUCUUCAUGCACAGAUCUUAGGAAUCAAUAUGGCUGUUGGAGCGAAUGGUCUGCCAGGGAAACCAAUGAUACGUGAAGGCCGUGAAAUUCAUAUCUUUGUCAGGCGCAGUUUAAGAGAUAUUUUUCGCAAAGUUCCAAAUUUUGCCUUGGAAGUGAAGAUAGGCUCAUUGCAUGCUGUUGUGUCUGACAAGGAAUAUAGUGUUAUUAGUAGCUGUGUGACUAUGAACAUGACUGAAGAACCUACUCUCCCUCCUAAUUUUCGUGAUACCAAUGCUGGUUCAACGGAUACAAUACGUCUUUUGGCUGAUAAGGUUAACAUGACUAGUCAAGUUUUCUUGUCACGCACUGUUAACAUAAUGGCAAUUCAGCUUGAUUAUGCAUUACUUGAGCUGUGCAAUGGCAUCCAAGAGGAUUUACCUUUAGCAAAUAUAACUCUCGAGGGUAUGUGGGUCUCGUACAGAAUGACAUCUUUUUCGGAAAUGGAUCUCUAUGUCACAAUUCCUCGAUUUUCUAUAUUGGACGUCCGUCCUGAUACCAGACCUGAAAUGCGCCUAAUGCUUGGGACAAGUACUGAUGUCCUUAAAUUGGCUUCUAGUAAAGGUGGACUAUUAAGAGCUGUAACAAUGUCCAACGUGGAAGCACCUCACUCAACCAUGCUAUUGAUGGAUCUCAGAUGGCGCUCAUCAUCUCAAUUAUUUGUGGUUCGGAUUCAGCUGCCUCGAGUUCUUGUUGUUCCAGAUUUUCUUCUUGCAGUUGGGGAGUUUUUUGUGCCAUCUUUGGGAGCAAUAACUGGCAAGGAGGAGUUGAUGGAUCCUAAGAAUGAUCCAAUCAGUAAAACUGACACAAUAGUUUUAUCUGGUGCACUAUACAAACAAACAGAAGAUGAGGUAAAUCUGUCACCAAAUCGACAGCUGGUAGUGGAUGCUGCCGGAGUUGGUGAAUUUACUUAUGAUGGAUGCGGGAAAACUAUCAUUUUGAAUGAGGAUCUUGAGCAGUCACAAUCCUCAGAAUUUCGACCUAUUAUUGUUAUUGGAAGGGGUAAAAGACUGCGUUUUGUAAAUGUAAAGAUUAAGAAUGCAUUACUCUUGACGGAUUACACAUACUUGAGUAAUGGUAGCAGUUUUUCCGUGUCCAUUGAAGAUGGUGUUGAAGUUGUGGUACAGGAUAAUUCUUCUUCGGUUAGUGAAAGAAAAAGUCAUAAUAAAGCUGAAAAAUCAUUAUAUUCUUCAAGUAUUGCUGUUGACGAUCAAACUGAAUCAUCUAAACCAAGUUUAAGCUUCGAGGCCCAGGUGGUGUCUCCUGAGUUCACUUUUUAUGAUAGCAGCAGAUCAUCCAUUGAUGGUUCUUACCAUGCUGAAAAGCUUCUUCGUGUAAGGAUGGAUCUAAGCUUCAUGUUUGCAUCAAAAGAAAAUGAUACAUGGAUUCGGGCUCUUCUCAAAGAUCUAACCGUCGAGGCUGGUUCUGGUCUUAGAGUUCUUGAUCCAGUGGAUAUUUCAGGGGGAUAUACUUCUGUAAAGGAUAAAACAAAUAUAUCUUUGAUAUCUUCAGAUAUAUUUGUUCAUUUAUCUUUAAGUGCCAUCUCCCUGAUUCUUAAUCUACAGAGUCAGGCAGUUGCAGCGUUACGUUUUCAGAGUGCUGAUCCCUUGUGUCCUUGUACUAACUAUGAUCAAGUUUGGGUGUCUCCAAAAGCAAACGUGCAUCAUAAUGCUGUUACAUUCUGGAGACCUCGUGCCCCUUCCAAUUAUGUCAUUCUUGGAGAUUGUGUAACUUCCAGGCCCAUUCCUCCUUCACAAGCGGUUAUGGCAGUGAGUAAUACAUAUGGGCGUGUACGGAAACCAUUAGGCUUCAAGCUUGUUGGCAUAUUCUCCCAUAUCCAACAAUCUGAAAGAGUAGAGGGUAUCGAUUGUGAUUGCUCUCUGUGGGAACCUAUUGCACCCCCGGGAUACUUAGCUCUAGGGUGUGUUGCUCAUAUUGGACACCAACCACCACCAAAUCAUGUUGUCUAUUGCAUAAGAGCCGAUCUUGCAACGUCCACAGCAUAUUCGGCAUGCAUGUUCAGUGCUUCCUCAAAUAAGAAUUACCCAUCAGGAUUUAGCAUAUGGAGACUGGACAACAUUCUUGGAUCAUUUCAUGCAAAUUCUUCUGUUAGCUGUCCCCCAGAGGAUAUAUGCUAUGAUGUUAACUAUCUACUACUUUUAAAUUCAAGUUGGCAUCGUCUCUCUACUAAAGAGUCCAGGUUUGAUUUAAAGGUUAACCAUGAGAGUACACACCGACAAAGCAGUAAUCCGAAUACAAUAUCAUCCGGGUGGGAUGUUCUCAGACCAAUUUCAAAAGCUAGUUGUUAUAUGUCAACUCCAAGCUUUGAGAGGAUCUGGUGGGACAAGGGUAAUGAUCUUCGCAGACCAGUCUCUGUGUGGAGACCUAUACCACGUCCUGGCUUUAAGGUUUUAGGUGACUGUAUAACUGAAGGUUUGGAGCCGCCUGCCUUGGGGAUAAUAUUUAGAGCUGACAACCCUGAUAUAUCUGCAAACCCUGUUCAGUUUACCAAAGUUGCUCAUAUCAUCAUUAAAGGCCUGGAUGAUGCCAUUUUCUGGUACCCAAUUGCACCCCCAGGUUAUGCUUCCAUGGGAUGCGUAGUUACACGAGUCGAUGAGAUGCCAAAACUGAAUCUGCUUUGCUGUCCAAGGGUCGAUCUUGUUAGCCAAGCUAAUAUUCCCGAGAUGCCAAUUUCCAAAUAUUCAAGUUCAAAACCAUCUCAAUGCUGGAGCAUCUGGAAAGUGGAUAAUCAGGCCUGUACCUUCCUUGCACGCUCAGAUCUGAAGAAGCCUUCCAGCCGACUGGCUUUCACUAUUGGCGAUUCUGUGCAACCAAAGACACGGGACAACAUAAUGGCUGAAAUAAAAUUGAAAUGCUUCUCUGUAACCAUUUUAGACAGUCUGUGUGGAAUGAUGACACCCUUUUUUGAUGUUACCAUCACGAACAUUAAGCUUGCAACCCAUGGUGGAAUGGACUCCAUGAAUGCUGUGCUUAUAUCUUCAAUUGCUGCAUCAGCAUUUAACACACAGUUAGACUCGUGGGAACCAAUUGUGGAACCAUUUGAUGGAGUAUUCAAAUUCGAGACAUAUGAUACCAAUGAGCAAUCUCAAACAAGAAUUGGAAAAAGAGCACGGAUUGCAGCUACUAGCAUUCUCAAUAUUAAUAUUAGUGCUGCAAGUAUUGAUACCUUUGCUGAGGCUGUCGCUUCUUGGAGAAGACUGAGAGAGCUUGAGCAAAAGGCAAUCAAAACAGAAGAGGAAACUAACAGCUCUAGCAUUGGUGAAGAUGGUUCAAUUUUUUCUGCACUGGAUAUAGAUGAUUUCCAGACAGUGACUGUAGAGAACAGACUUGGAUGUGACAUUUAUUUGAAGAAGUUUGACCAAAACUCUACUGCAGUUAACCUUCUGCAGUAUGAUAAUAGUGCUUCUGUGUGGAUUCCACCUUCAAAGUACUCGGAUCGAUUAAACUCAGUUGAUGAUUCAAGGGAGGGGAGAUGUUAUAUUGCGGUGCAGAUAAUCGAAGCUAAGGAUCUACCGAUUGUUGAUGAUGGGAAUAGUAAUAGCUUCUUCUGUGCACUCCGGCUUGUUGUUGAAAGUCAGGAGGCAAGUCAGCAGAGGCUGUUCCCUCAGAGUGCGAGGACUAGAUGCGUAAAGCCCUUGAUUUCCAAAAACAAUGAUCUUGGGAGUGCCAGAUGGAAUGAACUUUUUAUUUUUGAGGUUCCUCGGAAGGGUUUGGCUAGGUUGGAAGUAGAGGUCACUAAUCUUGCAGCCAAAGCAGGAAAAGGUGAAGUCGUGGGUGCCUCAACUAUUUCAGCUGGACAUGGUGCGAAUCCCUUGAGAAAGGUGGCAUCAGCUAGAAUGUUGCAACAAGCAACCGAUGGUCAGAAAAAUGUUACACAUCUUUUAAUGAGGAGGGGUCAACAAAAGAAAGAUGACUUGCCUUUUCAAGGAUGUCUUGUAGCUUCUACAUCUUAUUUUGAAAUGAAGGCAGUUUCGAAUCUCCAAAGUACCGCGGAGCAGGAGAAAGAUGUGGUUAAUAAUGUGGGUUUUUGGGUGGGACUCGGCCCUGAAGGUGUGUGGGAAAGUUUUAGGUCUUUCCUUCCUCUCUCAGUCAUCACAAAAAAGAUUGAUAAUGAUUUCAUCGCCAUGGAAGUAGUUAUGAAAGAUGGAAAAAAACAUGCAGUUCUGAGGGGUCUUGCAACUGUCUCUAAUGAUUCGAAUGUUGAGUUGGAUAUAAGCGUCUCUUGUGCUACUAAGAGUCUUGAUCAUGACCAAACUUCUGAAAUAACUGAUUGUAAUAUUGCUGUAGAAGAGGUUUUUGAGAACCAAAGACAUAGCUCAAUUUUAGGGUGGGGCAAGCGGCCUAGUUUUCGCGGGAAUGAUCCAGGACGUUGGAGCAACAGAAAUUUCUCAUAUUCAAGUAAUGAUUUCUACGAACCACCACUUCCACCCGGAUGGACGUGGACAUCAGCUUGGAUGAUUGAUAAAACUGAUCCUGUUGACGUCGAUGGUUGGGCAUAUGGGCGUGACUACCAAACUCUUAAAUGGCCGCCAACUCCUCAAAAUUCUUCAAAGUCUUCUCAAGACAAUAUGCGCCGUAGGCGUUGGAUCCGUACAAGACAAAAAAUUAGCGACCAACAGAUGCCUAACACUGAUUCUGAUAUCUGUAUCUUACGACCUGGUUGUUCUUUUGUAUUACCAUGGCGAUCGAUGUCAAAGGAUUCUGAUAGCUGCUUACAAAUUCGCCCUUCUGCUCAACACCAAGAGGGAUUCUACAAUUGGGGGUCUCCUGUUGCUUUAGUAUCAACAUCUGUCGGGGCAAAGGACCAUUCUUCAAAUGACCAGGGACAGCAUUCUAAAGACAAUUCAGUAAAACAAGGAAAAAACUUGUUGAACUCUUCAUUCAGGCUAAAUCAGAUUGAAAAGAAUGACAUGCUCUGGUGUUGCCCAGCAAAUGAUACCAGGCAAUUUUGGCUUAGUGUUGGUGCAGAUGCAUCAGUUCUUCAAACAGAGCUCAAUUCCCCUGUUUAUGAUUGGAAAAUAUCAGUUAAUGCUCCUUUGAAGUUGGAAAACCGACUUCCUUGCUCAGCGCAGUUCACAAUUUGGGAAAAGCUGAACACUGGCACUACAAGUGAGAGGCAGCGUGGCCUUUUAGCAUCACGUGCUGUUGUACCUAUAUAUUACGCGGAUGUCCGUAAUCCUCUUUAUCUUUCAAUGACGUUAGAAGGUGGAUGGAUAUUGGAAAAAGAUCCAGUCCCUGUCUUGGAUAUUUCAUCUAAUAGUCAUGCUUCCUCGUUUUGUAUGAUACAUCAGCAUAAACGAAGGAAAUUGCGUGUGUGCAUCGAACGGGACAUGGGAGCAUCUGCAGCUUCUUCUAACACCAUAAGAUUUUUUGUCCCGUAUUGGAUUAGUAAUGACUGCUCUGUACCACUUACUUAUCGAGUGGUAGAAAUUGAACCCUCGGAAAAUGCAGAUAUAGAGUCUUUGCCGCUGACAAAACCUGCCAAAUCUGGAAAAUUAAGCUUUAAGAAUCCUACGAGUCCCAUAGAGAGUGGGUCAAGGAAGAAUUUCCAAGUGCUAGAAGCAAUAGAGGACACUAGUCCUACUCCCAGCAUGCUUUCUCCCCACGAAUAUGUGGGACGUGGAGGAGCUAUGCUGUUUUCAUCACGAAAUGAUGCAUCUCUUUCACCUCGUGUGGGCAUAGCCGUUGCUACUCAGCAUUCUGAAAAUUUUAGUUCUGGACUAUCACUUCUUGAUCUGGAAAAGAAGCAAAGAGUGGAUGUCAAGGCAUUUAGUUCAGAUGGGUCCUACUACAACUUAUCAGCUCUACUGCACAUGACAACUGACAGAACAAAGGUUGUCCAUUUUCAGCCACACACAUUGUUAUAUAAUAGGACUGGCUUAAGUUUAUGUCUGCAGCAAUGUGAUACUCAGUCAUUUGCUUGGAUUCAUCCUACCGAUGCUCCAAACCAUUUUAAAUGGCCGACAUCUGGCAGAGUUGAACUAUUGAAGUUAAAGACUGAUGGAUACAAUUGGAGUACACCAUUUAGUGUUGCUACUGAAGGCUGGAUGCGUGUUCCCUUGAGGAAUGAAAGGACAGGCAAGCAAUUGUAUCUUACGGUUGAAGUAAGGAGUGGAACAACAAGCUCACGAUUUGAUGUCAUCAUCCGACCCGAUUCAUUUUCAAGCCAGUACAGGAUUGAGAAUCAUAGUAUGUUUCUACCCUUCCAUUUUCGACAAAUUGAUGGUGGUGAUGAUUCAUGGCGUUGCCUUCUUCCCUGCACAAGUGCUUCAUUUUCAUGGGAAGACCUUGGUAGACAACGAAUCUUGGAAAUCCUGGUGGAUGGAACUGACACUAACGAGUCAUCGAAGUACAAUAUCGAUGAGGUUCGUGAUUAUCAUCCUGUUCAAGUAGAUGGGGGACCUACCAAAGCAGUACGUGUUACUAUAGUUAAGGAAGAGAAAAUGAAUGUUGUUAUGUUGAGGGACUGGAUUCCGGACAACAAUCCCAAAGCAAAUAUGAAAAUAAUUAGUACCUCUUCUUCAUCAAGAGCUUCCAGAAAUAAUGUUCAACCUUCGGUUUCCACUUCCGAAUGUGAAUUCCAUCUUACGCUUGAACUCACAGAGCUUGGAAUAUCCGUUAUUGAUCAUACACCUGAAGAGAUACUCUACUUGUCAGUGCAGAACCUUCUUUUGUCGCACUCAACUGGUUUGGGCUCCGGAAUCAGUAGGAUCAAGUUAAGAAUGCGUGGUAUCCAAGUCGACAAUCAACUGCCGUUGACACCAAUGCCCGUUCUCUUUAGGCCGCAAAGAGUUGGAAUAGAGGCAGAUUACAUAUUUAAGUUUUCUAUGACGCAACAAUCUGAUGGCUCAUUAGAUUUUUGUGCUUAUCCUUAUAUUGGUUUGCAAGGACCUGAAAACUCUGCCUUCUUGAUAAGCAUUCAUGAACCCAUAAUUUGGCGACUUCAUGGUAUGAUCCAACAGAUUGAUUUUAGUAGAUUCAGUGAUGCACAAACAACAGCCGUCUCGGUGGACCCUAUCAUCGAAAUUGGAGUUUUAAACAUCUCAGAAUUUCGAUUUAAGUUCUCCAUGGCUAUGUCACCGACUCAACGGCCUGUUGGUGUGCUUGGGUUCUGGUCAUCCUUGAUGACUGCUCUGGGGAACACAGAAAAUAUGCCUGUGCGAGUAAAUCAGAGAUUCCUAGAGAACUUGUCUAUGAGACAAAGUGUUCUUACGACAAAUGCCAUAUCAAAUAUCACCAAGGAUCUUCUAAGUCAGCCUCUCCAGCUGCUCUCUGGUGUGGAUAUACUGGGAAAUGCAAGCAGUGCAUUUGGACAUAUGAGCAAAGGUGUUGCUGCCUUAUCAAUGGACAAAAAAUUUAUUCAGGGUCGCCAGAAACAGGAAAAUAAAGGUGUUGAAGAUAUUAGUGAUGUGAUACGAGAGGGAGGAGGAGCACUAGCAAAGGGUAUAUUUAGGGGAGUGACUGGUAUUUUAACCAAGCCAUUAGAAGGCGCAAAGCAAUCAGGUGUAGAAGGUUUUGUUCAGGGUGUUGGUAGAGGAUUAAUAGGGGCGGCUGCCCAACCCGUCAGUGGAGUCUUGGAUUUGUUAUCAAAGACAACUGAAGGUGCAAAUGCAAUGCGAAUGAAGAUAGCAGCCGCCAUCACUUCAGAAGACCUUCUUCUCCGUCGAAGACUGCCAAGAGUUAUCAGUGGUGACAGUUUACUUAGACCAUACGAUGACUACCGGGCACAGGGACAAGUAAUACUGCAGCUCGCGGAAUCAGGGUCAUUCUUUUUACAAGUGGAUCUAUUUAAAGUCCGUGGAAAGUUUGCAUUAUCUGAUGCUUAUGAAGAUCAUUUUUCGCUACGUAAAGAGAAGAUACUUCUUGUCACACACAGAAGAGUUAUACUCUUACAAGCAUCAAACCUCAUGACGCAGAAGAAAUUCAAUCCAGCAAGGGAUCCAUGCUUAGUGUUGUGGGAUGUUCUGUGGGAGGACCUAGGGACCAUGGAACUAACUACUGGAAAGAAAGAUCACCCUGGCGCUCCUCCGUCAAAACUUAUUUUGUACUUGAAAUCCAAGUCAUCGGAGAACAAUGAUCAUACACGGGUAAUAAAAUGUUACCGUGAUACCAAACAGGCUAUCGAGGUUUAUUCCUCUAUUGAGCAAGCAAUGAGUAUAUAUGCACCAAAUGAGUCGAAGGAAAUGCAUAAAAGGAAAGUGAAAAGGCCUUAUUCAGCAACAACUGAUGUUUCAACUGCAGAAGCCGUUUUCUUAAAAGAACGUCCAUGGUCUUCACAGCAGGUUCAUGCACCACUUCCUCCAAAUUCAACUUUUGGUAGCAGUGCUAGUCACCAUUAGACAAUUUAUGAUGCUAAAGUCUUAGACUGGAUGUCUAAGGCAGAAAUCAUCAACAAAUCUUAAGCGCCUACAGGAGUUCUAAUCUUGGUCUUAGUUCAUGUCAAAUGAGGUGGACAUGGAGACGGUAUGUAAACUUGUAAAGUAUGCUGUCUGUAGCUCAGAAGAUCACACCGAGCUACGUGGAAAGUGGUGGUGUGUCAAUGUGUCAGAGAAUUUUCUCAAUGGAUCAGGCAUUACUGAUGGUGUUUUUCGUCAUAGCUAAAGAGGACUAGAAGACUAUAUAUAUAUAGGUAAUAUACAUGUUGGUAUGUUGUAUAUUACAUAUUAGUUUGGUGGUGGUGUCGCUUGUAACGUACAGAAAAUGGUGGUUCAUUGUAGAUUGAAGUUGUAUAGUAGCAAUUUACAUACACAGCAUUUAUAGAAAUCUUAUAGCUCCAAAAAAUGUUUGGUUAACUGCUUUUAUUCCGCUUUGUAAUGAUUAUUUAAUUAUUAUACUUUUGACAUGCCCUCUAAGGCCGGUGUCAACCACCACGUUCUGGGAUCAA